AUGUCCAUAAUUUCUCAGGAUAAUUGUAAGCUCUCUCCUUAUUCAAAACUGGAUGGUUUAACGAAAACAAAAUGCAGUAGAUGUGGGAAGCGUCGCAUGUAUUUCUGCUAUGACUGUCGUUUGACCCUACCUGGAGUGUUCUCGCCUCAAGUAAAGUUACCGUGUUAUGUCGAUAUCAUCAAGCAUCCAUCGGAAAAGAAUAGCAAAAGUAGCGCAAUUCACUGUAAAAUUGUCGCACCAGAGCAGACAAAGAUUUUCGAUGUCCCCAACGUAUUUGACUAUGGUGGCGAAAAUUCAGCAGACACUGAAGGAAGCACCGUACUUGUUUUUCCAUCUCCCUCAGCUGUUUCUAUCGAGGAAUUUGUUCGAGUCAAAGGUCCUAUCAAACGGUUGAUUGUUCUUGACUGUACCUGGUUCCAGGUGCACAUGAUGCAAAAAAUACCUGAAAUUCAAGGACUUCCUUGUGUUUCGCUGAGUAAAUAUAGGACGGCUUUUUGGAGACCUCAACAUAAUGUCGACGAGAGCGGAUUGGCAACUAUAGAAGCAAUUUACUACGCCCUAAGGGAAUAUCAAGAAUAUGGAUUGGGUAGACCAUACCAAGGAGAGUUUGAUGACCUACUCUACUGGUUUUUUCACACUCAGCAACAUGUAAAUAGGAAGCAACAAGAAUACUGCAACAAAAAACUGGAUCUUGAGCAAUAG